AUGUACGGUAAACUGACUAUAGUUCUUCUUCUCGCCGUUCCAUCAUUGAUGGUGCUGGCUCAAGAUCAACCAGUGUGCUCCUUCAACCAACUCUUCAAUGGCCAAAUCUGUACAUGUGCUCCUGGAUAUUUCUCUUCUGCCAAUGAUGAGUCAAAAACCCGUUGUGAAGAUGAGUGUGAAGAGGUCUACUCCACUUAUUUCACUUAUGGAGAAUGCGUCAGAAAUAUCUUCGGAAAGUUGCCAGCUGAUCAACAACCAGCUUGCAACAUGCGUUGUGGAAUGAGAUUGCGUCUCUGGGCCUCUAUCGGAGUCUUCACAGUUUUCGCCGCCGCCAUUGCCACCUUGGUUCUCACACUACCUAUGUGUGUGGCUACUUGCUGUUCCUGCUUACACGCUAAGAAGGCCAACAAGAACGCCAAGCGUGUCGCCAUUGAGAACCAGGCCUCUGCCGCCAGCAAGGAUCAACAAGUUGCCACCAUGAACUACAAUCCAUAUGCCUACUGGCCAUAUUACGGAAGGGCUUAA